AUGGAGGAAGUGUCACGGGACGAGCGGCGGGUGGAAGUGUCUCUCACACACCUGCGGGUCUCGGCCUCGGGUCACUAUCGCUGUGAAGUGAUCGCUGAGCACCCAAGCUUCCGCACCGAGGUGGCUGCUGCUACCAUGACUGUCCUGAGAGAGGCCCUGUCCCCGCCCCUCCUGAUGGGCGGGAGGGAGAUCUACGAGCCCUCAGAGCUCAUCAAGAUCGGUUGUCAGCCUCGACGGCCCUUCCUCGACCACCAUAAGCCUACUCUCCAGUGGUUCCUCGAGGGCAGUAAGGUGGGACCUCAGUGGACCAAGCCGUAUGGCGCCUCACACCACGGGGGCCACUAUGGUCUGUCUCUCCAUGUCCCGGGCCAGCAGGUAGCGUCUGCUGGCGGGAGUGUGGAGGCGGAGUGUCGCCUUAGUCUGGGGCCCCACCACACCAGCACCUUCAAGACUCUUCGUGUCAGGGUCAGAAUGAUAUCCUACGUCGACAACUACCAUUCUGCAGGUCCCAAAGCCCUGAUCAGAGACCGAAGGCUCCUCGCCAUAGUGACUGCUGCCAUAGUCUUUCUGGUGACUAUGUAGUCACACAACUCUUCUCACCUUAAAUAUAAAUAUACUGUAAUAUGUGACAGAAAUCAAGA